AGAUUAGUCUACAUUCGUUCCUCUAGUCGCUCUAGUGAAUGAAGAACAAUAUUUCGUUCAAUUUCAUUUAAAAAAACAAAUUGCGCAUUUAUUUCUAUCAAAACCGACAUCAAUCUCCAAUUACGUAUGAUAGAAAUUGAUGCAAUUGACGUUUCUGUUGUACAACACGUGCCUAAUACGUUUAUCAGAGUGUAAUCAAUACUGUGGGUGCCAUGUGAUAUCUUUGCCUUUUAAAGUAGAUAUAUUAUACAUUCGGCGAUAACGUAGCUAAGGUAUACGGUGUUUAAAUACAUUCAGUGAGUGACUAUACACGUAUAAACAUGCAGACGACUAGAGUCAAGCCGUUUGCGUUGCUCAAACUAGUUUCUAUCAACAAGGAAAUUAGCAGGAGAAUAGCUGUAGCAAGUACUGCAGUCAAUUCAGACACGAACUUGAAACCAUGGAAGGAAAUUCCUGGACCUCCAUCUUUGCCCGUUAUUGGGCAAUUACACAAUUUCUUACCUGGAGGUCAACUAUACAACAUUGAAGUAGUGGACACCACUUACAGACUAUUCCUAAAGUAUGGACCAAUCGUAAGACUCGAUGCACUAUUGGGCAGGGCACCCAUGAUAAUACUAUUUGACCCAGAAGCUUGUGCACAUAUAUUACGAAGUGAAAACUGGCUACCGAUUCGACCUGGAUUUGCAUCACUCGAGUACUACAGAAAAGAAUUCAAGAAAAAGUUUAAUAAGGAUCACAAUGCUCACACCACUGGUCUUAUAACUGAUCACGGCGAUGUAUGGAAGGAGUUCAGGUCAACAGUAAAUCCUGUGAUGUUGCAGCCUAAGAUGAUCAAGCAAUAUACAGCAAUACUUGAUGAAGUAGCUCAGGAUAUGGUCGGAAGAAUGAAAGCCAAUCGCAACGAAAAGAACAUGAUUAAAAAUGAUUUUGAUAAAGAAAUGAACUUAUGGGCCUUGGAGUCUAUUGGUACUGUGGCUCUUGGCUGCCGACUGAACUGCUUCGAUCCGAACCUCCCCGCAGACUCUCCGGAGUGGCAGCUGAUCCAAUGCGUCCACGAUCUUUUUGUUACUGCUAAUGAUCUCGACUUUAAGCCGAGUCUUUGGAGAUAUUUCGCCACACCAACCUAUAAGAAAGCUAUGAAGUUGUAUGAGCAUCAUGAAAACUUAACAAAACACUUCCUGAAGAAAGGAAAGGAGCAACUAAAGAACAAUUCUGGAGGAGAGAAUGGUGUACUGGCGAAAUUGUUGGCGAUCAAUGAAGAAGUAGCUCACAUCAUGGCCAGUGACAUGUUAUUCGCUGGCGUAGAUACGGCUGCAAACACAGUAACAGCUACACUUUACCUCCUGGCGAAAAAUCCCGAGAAGCAAGAUAAAUUAAGAGAAGAACUACGCUCAGGUGACCGUAGAUACCUCAGGGCAUGUGUCAAAGAAUCAUUAAGAAUUAUGCCAGUGGUGUCUGGUAAUAUCCGAAAAACUACUAAGGAAUACAGUUUGAUGGGAUACAAGAUACCUAAAGAUAUGGAGGUAGUGUUCGCUCACCGAGACAUGUCGCUGUUAGAAGAAUUCUACCCAAAGGCCAAGGAGUACAUUCCAGAGAGGUGGAUAACCAGCAAAGAUGAUCCUCUUCACUAUGGAAACACACACCCAUUCACCCAUCAACCCUUUGGUUUCGGCGCCCGAAGCUGCAUAGGUCGUCGCAUAGCGGAAUUGGAGAUGGACAUCUUUGUAGCCCGUCUGAUCGAGAACUUCCAAGUAGAAUGGUUCGGCCCCCCUCCAAGGAUACAACAAGAAUCCCUUAAUUACAUCAAGGGACCUUUCAACUUCAUAUUCAACGAUGUUAAGAAGUAAAAAUAUAAAAUGUUAAUGUUCAAUUUGUAAACAUUAAUGGAAUGUAUGAAAUUAUAAUGAAAAUGGACAGUCAACCAAGUUAUUUAGUAUACACGUAAGAAUAUAAAGAUUAACUCAUUACAGAAACAGUAGCUAUUGUUACACUGCGGACUACUUAGCGGGUUACGGGGACUCCGGCUCGAAAAGCAGGAGUAGGAACAGGGUGGUUUUUAGUCAGUAAGACUUUGACACUCCCUCUCGCCUCACCCAAGGCGGGAAGAGUCACUGGAUGAUUUUCUCCCCAUCUUAAAAAAGCUAUUGUUACACAAAAUUAUAUAGUUUUUAACUAAGCCAUAUCUUUUGUAACCAUUGGUCGGCUCAGAAACCAUUCAAUAGUCUGUUUUCUUUAUUUUCUUACCUGCAUACCAAAUUAUCCUUUCUGAAUGUACCUACGUUGUGACAUUUUAAUUUAAGUUAUUGUAUAUAUACGUAGUAAUUAUUAUCAAUGGGUAAUAAUGUUUUGAAAUUAAUGCAAACGAGCAAAUAAUCAAAUAUUUUUCAUUGUAAUGUGAUUAGCUGAGUAUGUAUUAGUUUAACCUACAUAAUAUGUAAAUGUAUGUAUAAUUGUAAAUAAACGUAUCCAUACCUAUUAUAUAAAAGAUAUUGAAAUACUACAACCAUUAAGAAAAAUAACUAGUUAAUAAAACGUUGUGAUAUUAAGUACCUAUUACUGUUUUUAAUAAAUCAUUUAUUUACUA